AUGUCAUCAAAUUAUGAUGCUCUAGAGCUUUCUAACGACAAUAAUGGAUUAUGUUAUGUAUCCUCAUAAGAAGGCCCCACCGAUCUUAAUGAUAAUGAAGGUAAUUCUUUUAAUUUAUUUUUUCAUUAGAAAAAAGACCUAGUUUUGAAGCUAAUGAUCUUUUAUUUAAAAGUUAGUAAAUUAGAAAAUACGAUGAUGGUAUUUAUACAUAAUUAUAAUUGAGAUUUGUAAUAACAAUUUAAUGAAGUCAGAGAUUUUGAAUAAAUUGAUCAAAUUCAUGAGGAGAAUAAUAACUUUUAAGAUAUAUCUGGAGAAGUAUUUGAAAAUAAUCAAUUUUCUUUUUAAGCUGGACCUGAUCUAUUUUAAUCUGAAGAAUCCUAUCUUUUAGAACUUACAAAUAAAGAACAAUUAAAAAAUGUAAUUGAUUAUUAAAAUAUUUUCCUAGUCUAAAAUAGAAGUAAAAAUGCCCGGAGAAACAAAGAACCUUCCUAAAUGUUUUGCUCGAUAACUCUAACAAUUUAUAGAAAAUUCAAUUAAGUAUUCUGAUGAUCCUGAACUUAAAAAAGCAUUAGACUAUUCUUAGGUUAAGUAAUUCCUUAAAUUAAACCCUGAAAGAAUGGGAAAAGUCAAACUUUUAGAAUUUAUUGGAACUAACAUGGGAUAAAUGUUUUGUUAAGAAUUUUUUGGAAAUUGUUAAUGGAAUUAUAGAUUAACAAAAGAGAGUAAGACUAAUAUUGAACUUUGUUUUAGACAUAAUCUUUCUUAUUAUCUUGAAGUAAUCAAGAAAAAAAGAAAACUAGAUUAAAAUUGA